AUGGUUCUUCGGAGUCAAACUGAAGACGACGAUUUUGCUCUGAAUGCGUGUAUCGAAAAUGCUAGAAACGUUACCCAUAUUUUAAAAGCAGUUCAUUUUAAAGACACUGCCACAGUGUUUGCCACAGAGAACGGACUAAAGGUGACAGUGGAAGACUCAAAAUGCAUUCAAGGAAAUGCUUUCAUUCAAGAUCAAGUGUUUCAGGAAUACUCAAUACGGGACGAAGCUUUAACUUUCCAAAUAAACCUUGACAUUUUAUUGGAAUGUUUAAAUAUCUUUGGAAGCAACAACUCAACAACAACAAUGAGAAUGAUGUAUAACGGGUAUGGAACUCCACUUGUGUUAAUGUUAGAGGAAGAUGGCGCAGUCACAGAUUGCAGUAUUCGUACAAUGGAAGCUGAGGAAACAUUAGAUUUCGAAUUCACAGCGGCUAAUGUUGUUAACAAGAUUAUAAUGAAGGCUGAUUGUUUGCGCGAAGCUUUUAACGAGAUGGACGCAUCAAGCGAGGUCUUGCAAAUCACCAUGUCACCUGACCCACCACAUUUUCGACUCGCUACUUUUGGAUUAUUGGGACAAUCCCAUCAAGACAUUCCCAAGAACUCGGACAUGGUCGAAUACUUUGAAUGCAACGAAACAUUAACCAACAGAUAUCGACUUAAUCUUCUUAAACCCUCAGUUAAAGCUGUCAACCUCGCAUGUAAAAUGUGA